AUGGCUCCGGUGCCAAUAUAUGUGAAGGGGGGUGUGUGGACGAAUGUGGAGGACCAGAUUCUUAAAGCAGCCGUACAGAAAUAUGGAACUCAUCAGUGGAGCAAAGUGGCAUCCCUUUUGCAGAAGAAAACUGCCAGACAAAGUGAACUAAGAUGGAAUGAAUAUCUAAACCCAAACUUGAACUUCACAGAGUUUUCCAAGCAAGAUGACGCUAGGCUUUUGGAUCUCGCAAGGGAACUACCUAAUCAAUGGAGAACCAUUGCUGAUAUGAUGGGCAGGCCUGCACAGGUCUGCAUCGAGAGGUAUAAUCGGCUUCUGGAAAGUGAGGACGGCGGCGACAUUGCAUUGGGCCCAGGAUUGACUGAUUUGAAAGUUGGGGACAUCAAUCCCAACGCGGAGACUCAAAUGGCUCGACCCGAUAACGGCGAUUUGGAAGACGAGGAGAAGGAGAUGCUCGCUGAGGCCAGGGCCCGUCUGUUAAACACUCAAGGUAAGAAGGCCACAAGAAAGAUCAGAGAGCGCAUGCUUGAAGAAUCGAAACGUAUUGCUGAGUUACAAAAAAGAAGAGAAUUGAAACAAGCUGGGAUAAAUGUUGCUAUAAAGAAACCAAAAAGAAAGUAUGGUACAGACAUCGACUACAAUGAAGAUAUAGUAUACGAACAGGCUCCCAUGCCGGGGCUAUACGACACUUCCAAUGAAGACCGUCAGACAAAGAAGAAAUUUGAGCAGUUUGAGAGGAAGGUCAACAGAAAAGGUUUGAAUGGUGAUGAGGGCAAGUCAAGUAGGAAAUCUAAGGAUAGGAAAAGAAAACACGAGAAGAACGACUACCUAGAAGAGCGUAUAUCGGGUGAGUCCAGUGUCUUGACGGAUGACUACAAAAAACCAAAGCUUGUACUGUCUGCUCCGGGGACGAAAGGGGGAAGGCUAACGUAUAAAAAUGAACUGGAAAGCAAAAGGCAAAAGCUUAUCCAGACACAAGAAACAGGCGCUGUGCUGACACCGGAGGCACUGCUCUCCCACAGCCCCACACAAAACGACUAUGAAGGUGGUAACAUAAAGGUCGAAAAGAAGAUGAACUUACGCAUACGAAAGUUUCUAAUGCAAAUGUUCGCGUCUUUACCCACCCCAAAGAACGAUUUCGAAAUUGUGCUAAGUGAAGACGAAGAGGAGGAGAAGGAGGAGAAUACAGAGUUGGCCGAGUACCGAAAAGAAAUGGAAAAUGACAGGGUCAUGAAUGAAGAAAACAUCCUCAUGGAACCCGCGUCCCAAGAAAACACAUCGCCUGUGUCUUUGGUAGCCACGGCACUACCAUGCACGGCCCUACCCAUACCGGAAUUCAAAGGAAACCCGCACUCGAUAAUCGACGACAAGUACAACUUACUGGUGGCAAAUGCCAUAAACAAGGAAUCGCACAUGGAACCACAAGGUAUCGCCGAUUUCCUGAAACAGGUAGAAUCGCGUAUGCUGCAGGUAACCAAAGCAGGCACCCCCCCUCAAAUUCAAAGCGAACUAACAAUGCCUACAGGUGAGGCCAUUUUAGAAUCCAUCCAGUCAAUGGUAGAGUCCAUUGAGCAGCUACAGGACACUUUGAAGCAAGUACAACCCCUGGAACAACGGAACAACGAGUUUUGCAAGCUGCUUUGCCAUCACGACUUGCCCGCCCUAAUUCAGGCGCAACGCCAGUACUACACCGAUUACUACGUUUAUCAACAGGAGUUGCGAACCCUCGAAACCCGUAGAAAACGCCUCCGGGGCACGCUGCACUCUGCUUCCCUAUGGCGUUAG